AUGCGGAGUAGUUCCUCAGUAUGGAUUCUGAGCACAGUGCCGAUGGGUGUACUGGGUAGUGUACUAUCGAGGUCUCAUGAUCUCAAUAAAACUGAUGUAUCACGACUAUAUGGCACCAGGCUCCCCACACCUAUACAAGCGUCGCCUUGCCUAUCCUCCAAGGGAUAUGAAACAGCAGCGAAUUCUUCGACACCAACUGCUUUUCCGUCAUCAAAUCCUUCGUCGCCGUAUGCUGUAAAUACCUCGUCACAAUUACCGUCCUUCGCCUACUCGCCGCUGUCGCGCCCAACAAUCUUGACAUACUCAUCGCCUACUUUGGCGUUUACCCCUGACCAUACAUUGGUUGUAACAGUAGUUGUCUCAAAGACAGUGUUCAACGCGCCAACAUCGAUCUCAUCGGCCAAUUUGUAUCCUGUAUCUCAACUAUCGACUCCAGGACCCUCAUCACCUCAGCCUGAGAUUAGCGCAUUUGCUGCACCUAGUAGCUCCAUCGGCACAUCAUCAGCUAUUCAAUCUUCAGUAUCCUCUAUUGUCACAGACACCGAGGUUGCAGUGGCUCUACAAGUUAGCCCGACCAUCAAUCUUCCACUAUUGUCCUCCAUAUUUUACGGGUCAGAGAUCCUUCAGAGGUCCAUUUCAGUCAGGACAACCACGGUGACCACGGUCGUAGUAAUCAACAUCACUAUACCGGGUCCACUCCCUACAUCGUCGUUCGGCGCCAUGCCAACAGCACCGACAACAGUCAUCACUACUUCUGUAGCUGUACCCCCGUCACCAUCUCUAUCCGCGACAACAGCUUCUCCAGUGGCAACAUCGGCCAAUAUUCCAGGGGUAUCAUUAUCUGCCUCUGGUUCCAUCUCACCCACAGAUAUCGCGCCUACUUCUGCAAAUCCAUCAGAAGGUGCAUCUACCGGUUUCCCAACUGUUCCACCAUUCUCGUACAAUCCCUCCGCAUCCCGUGGCUCGGCUUCACCCAUCACAAGGCCCACCCCUGAACCCUCCAGCGCAAACGUUGCAGGAUCCACGCUAGGUACCGCUACAGUAUCCACUUCUACAUUCAUAUCACAAUAUAGUGGUAUUCCGCCUGCGCCGAGUGCAGCUGGAGCUUCCGGGGGUCUCAAUGGGAAGGCCAAAGAAACGGUGUGGUGGGUAGUUUUCUGCGUUCCCUUCAUGCUCCUGGCCUAGGGUUUCCCCUUAGUCGGCUGAGCGACAUUUACAUAUUUCUUACGAUCUUCAUGUUCUUCAUGGUUACGAUAAUAUCUUCAUGUUUCGACGUAUAGCGAGUGGGCGUUUUUUGUAGUUGAGCCAUGCAUAUACCAGGGUUGCAGUUGUCAAGGGCGUUCAUAGCAGGGUUAGAUUUUGGGAUGAUUUUGAGUUGGAGAAGGAAGGACAAGGUGUAUAGUCCUGCAAAAUAUUGCUAGAUGAGAUAUAAUGUAUUAGCAUCGUCUUACA